AUGGCUACAUUAGAUCGUAAGGGGACAUUUAAGGUAGAGUACCUUCAAGAAAUUGAGAAGAAGGUCCAGUCACAGUGGGACAAUGAAAAGAUUUUUGAAAUUGAAGCUCCUGACGAUGGGAAAAACUAUGAAAAAUUUAUGUGUACUUUCCCUUUUCCUUACAUGAAUGGACGGUUGCAUCUUGGCCAUACUUUUUCAUUAUCAAAAUGUGAGUUUGCUUCGAGAUAUUAUAGACUCAAGGGUAAAAAAGUGCUAUUUCCAUUUGGAUUUCACUGUACAGGCAUGCCAAUAAAAGCAUGUGCAGACAAGCUGAAAAGAGAAAUGGCUCUAUAUGGUUAUCCUCCGGUAUUCCCAGAGGAGGAAGAAUCUAUUGUUAAGGAAGAAGGUGAUAUUGUGCCAAAAGACAAAAGCAAAGGCAAAAAGAGUAAAGCUGUUGCUAAAACAGGAGGUGCUAAAUAUCAAUGGCAGAUCAUGCAGAGUCUUGGAGUGCCUGAAGAAGAAAUCAAGUUAUUUGCUGAUGAGAGUUACUGGCUAGAAUACUUUCCACCACUUGCUGUUGAGGAUUUAAAAAGAAUGGGUAUUCAUGUAGAUUGGCGUCGUAAAUUUAUUACAACUGAUGCAAAUUCUUUCUUUGAUUCAUUUGUAAGAUGGCAGUUCCAACAUCUCAAAGAACGAAACAAGAUUAUGUAUGGCAAGCGCUACACCAUAUUUUCACCUUUAGAUAAGCAACCUUGCAUGGACCAUGAUAGAAGCACGGGUGAGGGUGCUGGCCCUCAAGAAUACACAGUUGUCAAAAUGGAAGUAUUAGACCCAUUUCCUGAAGUUUUGAAGUCUUUUAAGUCAAAGAAAGUAUUUUUAGUAGCUGCAACUUUGAGACCAGAAACUAUGUAUGGACAAACAAAUUGUUGGGUGCAUCCUGAUCUUAAAUACAUAGCUUUUGAAACUAUAAAAGAUGGAGUUUUUGUCUGCACAAAGAGAGCUGCCAGGAAUAUGUCCUACCAAGGAUUUACAAAAAAGGAUGGAGAGUUCACUGCGUUAGCAGAAAUUAAUGGGCAACAGCUUAUAGGAACUGCAUUGAAAUCGCCGUUUACUAGUUACCCUAAGAUUUAUGUUCUUCCUAUGCUAACCAUCAAAGAAGAUAAGGGUACUGGGGUUGUUACCAGUGUACCAUCAGAUGCUCCUGACGAUUAUGCGGCAUUGGUAGACUUACAAAAGAAACCAGCCUUCAGAGAAAAAUAUGGGAUUGAAGAUCACAUGGUACUACCGUUCAAACCUGUCCCUAUACUUGAAAUUCCUGAAUUUGGAAACUUGUCUGCUGUCCAUCUUUAUGACUUACUUAAAAUUCAAAGUCAGAAUGAUAAAGAUAAAUUGGCACAAGCCAAAGAAAUGGUUUACCUUAAAGGUUUCUAUGAUGGUGUGUUACUAGUUGGUGUAUACAAAGGAAAAAAAAUUCAGGAUGUUAAAAAACUGUUGCAAACAAAACUUGUGGAGGAAAAAAGUGCUGUAAUAUAUUAUGAGCCGGAAAAGACUAUCAUAUCGAGGUCAGGUGAUGAGUGCGUAGUGGCUCUUUGUAAUCAGUGGUAUUUGGAUUAUGGUAAUGAGGAAUGGAAAAGUCAAGUGGAGAAAGCUCUCAAUGCGAUGAACACUUAUCAUGAAGAGGUUAAGAAGAAUUUCCUAGCUACACUUAAAUGGCUUCACGAGUAUGCUUGCUCUCGCACCUAUGGUCUUGGUUCCAAGCUGCCUUGGGAUCAGCAAUGGUUAAUUGAAUCUCUCUCGGAUUCAACCAUUUACAAUGCAUACUACACAGUAGCUCACUUUUUGCAAGGUGGUACUUAUAAAGGCGACAAGGGGAAUGCUUUGAAUAUUAAACCUGAUGAAAUGACCAGUGCAGUGUGGGAUUACAUAUUCUUCAAAGAUGCUCCAUUCCCAAAAAAAACAACAAUUGCAAAGGAUUCCUUAGAUCGUAUGAGGAAAUCAUUCCAAUUCUGGUAUCCAGUUGAUCUUCGAGUGUCUGGAAAAGAUUUGAUCCAAAAUCAUUUAACAUUUUAUAUCUAUAACCACUGCGCUAUCUGGCCCAAUGAAGAGGACAAGUGGCCUAAAGGUAUUCGUGCCAAUGGACAUCUCAUGUUAAACUCUGCUAAAAUGUCCAAGUCUGAAGGGAACUUUUUAACUCUGAAGGAGUCAAUAGACAAGUUUAGUGCUGACGGUAUGCGGCUGACAUUAGCUGACGCCGGUGAUUCCGUUGAAGAUGCAAACUUUGUUGAAAGCACUGCCGAUGCGGCUAUUUUGAGACUUUAUACUUUCAUAGAGUGGGUGAAAGAAGUUAUUGCUACGAAAUCAAUCCUACGGACAGGACCGCACAACUUCCACGAUAAAGUGUUUGUCAGCGAGAUGAACACUAAAAUCAAUCAGACAGAUGAAAAUUACAGUAGGAUGUUAUUUAAAGAAGCAUUAAAGACAGGUUUCUUUGAGUUGCAAGCAGCGAGGGAUAAAUAUAGGGAAUUAUGUGCCGAUGGGGGUAUGCACACAGAGCUUGUCACAUUGUACAUUGAAAUACAAGCCAAAUUGAUGUCACCUAUUUGUCCUCAUGUUGCUGAGCAUGUAUGGGAGCUACUAGGAAAUAAAACCAGUAUUCUUCAUGCUACCUGGCCUGUGGCUGGAGAAAUCGACGAGGUUUCUAUUAAGGCUAGCAAUUACCUAAUGGACGCGGCGCAUUCUUUCCGUAUUUAUCUGAAGAAUCAUUGUGCUGUUAAGAAACCAAAGAAAGGAGAAGCACCAAAACCGGAGAGGAAACCUAAUAAGGCUGUAAUUUGGGUAGCGAAAGAGUACCCUAAAUGGCAACAUAUUAUAUUGACGACAUUAAAAGAACUUAGUGGAGUAGCUGGGUUGCCGGACAAUAAAGCGAUCUCAACGAAGUUAGGUGGUGCACCCGAGUUAAAGAAGUACAUGAAGAGAGUGAUGCCAUUCGUCCAAGCAACAAGAGAGAAUAUGGAACGGAUUGGCGUUGAAGCUCUUUCCGUGGGUCUACAGUUCGACGAGGCGGCCAUCUUGAAUGAAAAUAAGCUUUAUCUCCUCAACACUUUAGAUUUGGAUUCAAUCGAAAUCAAGUACACUGACGACCCCGAGGCUCCGGAGAAAACCCGUGAGGACUGCGCUCCUGGUCAACCACACGUUACCUUCAGCGUUGAAGCGGGCCUCGACGCUACAUUCAUUAAUCCCGUUCCUAUGAACGGGUUCUUCACAGUAUCCACGACCCUAUCAGACGGAGACACUGUCGAAAGGAUCAAGGCUAAAAUUGCUAAAGAAGUCAAAGCUAUCAAAGACUUGAACUCUCUGAAGUUAUGGCGUUACACGGAUCCUAUUAUGGGGCCUCGAUCAAUUCCUGUUCCAGACGAUUAUGUCAACAAAUGUGUUGUGUUAGACAAUGCAUCAUUAUUAAAAGUGGACUUAACUACUUCUACUGUGGAACUUGUUGCGAACGGCAAAAACCUGCCCAUUGGCACCAAAUUUAUAUACACCUAUGAUAAAUAA